CGACACCACGAGAGCUGUAGAAGUACUUAAAUGCAACAUACACAGGCGUGUAUCAAACAGACACACCCACACACUUUAAUACAACUUAAGCUUACGCGCCAGAGAACACAUGCACAGACACGUGUAGCGCAAGACUGACAUGCUUACCACCAAGACAAGCGAUACAGCUGAAGAUAUGGAUAUCAUAUCAAACAAUGGGGACUCUGGAGAAGAGGAUGUAGUACUUGACAAUGCUGCGCCUGUCAAGAAACGCAAGAAACUCAUACGUCUGAGACAGAUAGAUGACAGCGAUGCAUCCGAUAGUGAUGGUGGUGGUGGUAAACAUAAUGAUAUAAAAAAUAAUGAGAUUAGUAGUAAUAAUGAGCAUUUAGUAAGUGAAAUUGAUAUACAGGACAAGGAGAGUGUGGGAGUUCCCAGGGAGUCGCCAGCACUGAAGCCAUCUGAGAAAAACGUAACGCCGAAUGAUGAGGUGAAAAGUUCCAAAGACGUCGCGAGUAAGACUCCGACCAGGAUAGCAGACACUGAAAGCCCUAAACCCGAAAAUCCCACUCCGGCCGCAAAUAAAUCUAAUACAGCCCAAAAAAGCCAAAUCAAGACAUCCACACAAGCGCCUUCAUACGUGAAGAUGGCCAAGAAGAACACAAGCAAUCCAUUUGCAUUUGCCGCAGCUGGUAAGGCUGGAAAAGCCAAGGCCAAAAAGUCCGCCAAAAAUACGGGCAAGCUCACAAGUUUUUUCGCGGCCAAAGAUAGCGGCAAGGCUGCUGCGAACGAAACCAGUGAGAAGGAGACUGCAAAAACGAAGUCGGAGAGUGUCGAGAAUGCGCCUGUUACAUCACCUACAACGAAGAGCAGUAUCGUUGUUAAAACAACCGAGACAGACACUCCUAAAUCAGCUGAUAGCCACACAACCAAAACUACUGCUAGUGUGAGUGUGGAGAAUGGUGUUAGCGUGCAAGAAAAGAUGAAAGAGUCUAUUGCCACAACAAAAGGUACGCUUAAGAAUGUUUCAGUAGAUGAAAGUGAUCUCAAGGCAGUCACACCGGUGAAAGGGGAAGACUACGACCCCACGGCUGUCAAGUAUCAUCCCAUUAAGAGCGCGUGCUGGGCGAAGGGGAAAGACGUGCCGUUUCUGGCUGUCUGCAAAGUGUUCGAUGCAAUUGAGAACGACUCCGGUCGCCACGCCAAGCAGAACAUAUUGUCUAAUCUGUACAGAUCCAUCAUAGUACUGUCGCCCGAACAACUGGCCGACACUGUUCACCUUACCAUGAACCGGCAAGUUGCGCAUGGGGCUACCCGAAAUCAUAGUACUAGCAGACUAGGCCCAGGCUUACACUAUGACCCCGCCCGUGCGAGAUGA